CUAUACUCUACAUGUAUACUAGUGCACUCUAGGCCCAUACUAGUAUUCCAUCGACGCCGUAAUCGUACCAUUGAGAAUGAAGAUCGAGGACGUGCAAUCGACGGCGCGCCAGCAACGCGUCGCGGCACAUACGCACAUCAAGGGACUGGGUCUGGAUGCGCACGGGAGCGCCUUAUCAAUUGGCACGGGAAUGGUCGGUCAGGAAAAAGCGCGUGAAGCGGCGGGUGUGGUUGUAGAGCUGAUUGGAACAAAGAAGAUGGCCGGGCGUGCAACAGUGUCGGGAAUGCUUGUAGUAUUUCAAAUUUCAUUUCUCGCGCAGGCGAGCGUUGUUGCUUGCGGGUGCCCCUGGGACAGGUAAAACAGCACUUGCUCUUGCGAUAGCUCAGGAAUUGGGCUCCAAGGUGCCAUUUUGCCCAAUGGUCGGUUCUGAAGUUUAUUCUUCUGAAGUGAAAAAAACAGAAAUUCUCAUGGAGAAUUUUCGCAGAGCCAUCGGGUUAAGAAUAAAGGAAAACAAGGAGGUUUACGAAGGUGAGGUGACUGAAAUCACCCCAGCAGAGACUGAAAAUCCCUUGGGAGGCUACGGACGAACGGUCAGUCACGUUAUUCUUGGUUUGAAGACCACCAGGGGUGCUAAGCAGCUGCGACUUGAUCCUAGCAUCUAUGAGCAGAUGCAAAAAGAGAAGGUCGCAGUUGGUGACAUCAUUUAUGUAGAGGGAUCCACAGGGGCGGUAAAGAGAGUUGGACGUUCGGAUGCUUAUGCAACCGAAUUUGAUCUGGAGGCGGAAGAGUACGUGCCCCUCCCAAAAGGAGAUGUACAUAAGAAGAAAGAGGUCAUUCAGGAUGUGAGUCUGCAUGACCUUGAUGUGGCAAACGCACGACCUCAAGGUGGUGGGAGUGAUCUAGCAACUGUGAUGGGCUCUGUGCUCAAACCAAAAAAAACAGAGAUAACUGAGAAGCUUCGCACCGAAAUAAAUCGUGUUGUUAAUAGAUACAUCGACCAAGGCACCGCAGAACUAGUGCCUGGCGUUCUCUUUGUGGACGAAGUCCAUAUGUUAGACAUCGAAUGCUUUACAUACUUAAAUCGCGCUCUCGAAUCUAGCCUGGCUCCCAUAGUGAUAUUUGCAACAAAUCGCGGUGUAUGUACUAUCCGCGGCACAGAUGUUGUCUCGCCUCACGGUAUUCCUGUUGACCUCUUAGAUCGCAUGUUGAUUCUUCGUACCAUGCCCUAUUCGCUAGAGGAGAUAAUCCAAAUUAUGUCGAUUCGUGCGGAGACCGAGUCUCUUGAUAUUGAGGACCAAGCCCUCGCCGCCCUUGGAGAAAUUGGCGUAAGAACUUCACUCCGUUAUGCUGUCCAAAUGCUGGCACCGUCAAAGAUCCUCGCGGAGACAAAUGGACGCACGUCUAUCCACCUUAGCGACAUUGCGGAAGUAGACGACCUAUUCUUUGAUGCGAAGGCCUCCGCAGCGAUAUUGGCUAACUCCGAUGGUUAUCUUGCUUAGGUGCAAGAUCGCUGAGGUGGGCCAAAAAGUUGAUAAUCACCUGUCGUGAGGGUCGCAACUACCACAAAAUUGUAGCCAAAAUUGUAUCGAAGUGCCAGUUGUGAAGCAAUCCGAGCUACAACUUAGUGCAAACAAACAAAUUCUAGAUCCACGGGGACAUUUUGCCUUAAGUUUGAUGAAAGUGGUCACGGUAGGCCGCAUCGUCGAGUAGUAUAGGGAUUAUGUAUACUUUAUGUCCCAUCCUGACGGACUCGAAAACGAACAAAAUUAGUCCCCCGCCUAAAGGCGUGGAACGAAUUUCAUACAUUUUGUGGGAAUGAGCGAAGUCGCCACGGCAACGCAGGUAUUGGCGAAGCCAAUGCCGAGUAGGGGAUGGUGGCGACGUCACGGUGGGAGCGAAGCGACCGAGCGCGUCCGCCCUCGGUGGGAAGAGC